GGCCAUUUAUGCCCUUUUCUCAUUGGAAAAAUAUAGAUAUUUAUUAUUUGAACCCUCAAAAAUUAAAUAAGACUUAAAAGACUGGUUUGUUGUGUUAACAAAACAAACAUCCUCAAUAGGGAAAAAGUAACCCUAGAAAUGAUGAACUCAUUGAUGAAGCAUGCAUCUACCAUCUUCAAUCGGCCGAAUUGGGAGGUGCAGCUGCAACAAUGGCGGGGUAUAAGAGUGAAGGUGCGAAACAACAAUCUAGACCAAGCAUUGUUUUUGAUGCAGAAGAAAAUGCAGUCUAGUGGAAUGGAACGACUGAUUAAGCGUGAACAGCUUCACCAUAUUAAGAACUCGGAGAAGCGUGUAUUGGCUCGUAAGAUACUUGAACGUAAAAUCCGUUCUCAAGAACUCGCUCGUAAGCUCAAAUCCAUCCUUAUCAACAAAGUCAGGGGUUUAUAAAAGGAGGAUUUUUCAAGCAGAGUUUUCUUCUUCAAAAACAAUGUCGCCGACUUGGCUGGAUGGUUGCUACAAUCAUCAUUUUUUCGCACCUCUAUGUGGACUACACCUUUAAGAAUAAUGGUUGCCUUUUAUUGAGAGUUGGUUUGUAUUAGAUAGAUUUUUCAUAUGCUUGAUGUGGAAAUUUGGCAGGUGUUAGUGGAGAAGACCAUUACUAGUUGUUGCACUUUUUCUUUCGUGUUCUUUGGACAAGUGGUUAAUAUGACAAAUUUCCUAUGUGGACUACACCUUUAA